AUGAAUAGUGCCAAUAAUAGUUCAAACCUUGUUUCGUUAACCAGUAGUGAUUAUAAUGAUAAUGAUAAUAAUAAUAAUUUAGAAAACAAACCAUCAAAACUAUUUAAAUUAAUAUGGAAAAAUAAAUAUAUUAAAGGAAUAAUAAUAAGGUAUUUAAAGAUAUAUAAUAUUUUUUAUUAUCAAAGAAGAUUUAAUUCAGUAAAAUCAAUUAUAGAAUUUAAAUAUAAAGAAUAUCUUUGUAAUAUUAGAAUUUCCAGCAGUGGAGAAGAAAAUUUCGGUGUAUUACCAGAUAAUAUCGAAUCGUUAUAUUUCUUUUAUUCAUAUACAACACCUAAACAAGUAUCCAUCACACCAACACUAAAUUAUUUUAUUUUUAAAAAUUCAAUUAAUAUUCAUACUCUUUACUUGGAUGGAUACAAUUUAUUUUUACCAGAAAUUCCAACAAACACCUUACCAAUUUCAAUUACCAGCUUAACUUUAAGAUAUUACAACCACAGAGUUUCAAAACAAGUUUUACCAAACCAUUUAAAAAUAUUGCAUCUAGACUCACCAAAAAUAUCAUUCGAUGAAUAUUCAAUUCCAAACACCUUAACAGAAUUAUCAAAUCAAUAUUUCGAAACUUUACCCACUAAAAAGGGAUAUAUACCUGACGGUUUAUCUAGCUUAACUUUAAACGGAACUGAUUUGGUCAACGAUAGCCCUUACUUUCCCGAGUCUUUAACCUUUUUAAAAACAAAUUUAGAUAAUGUCAUCAUUGAAAAACUGCCGAUCUCUUUAAAGAAAUUGGUUUUAUCAUCAAAUACUUUAAAAGAAGGAGUAUUUCCACCCAAUUUGGAGUACCUUGAAAUCGAAACCAAAAAGGAAUUAAAUAGCAAAAUAAUACCAAGAUAUUUAAAAUCACUUGUAUUAAAAAGUGAUUGCAAAACCAUUCUUGAAGCAGAUGGUACUGUAUUACUACCCAACACACUGCAAAGUCUUAUUAUCGGCCCUGGUUUUGAUCAAGUAAUAACUUCAAAUCUAUUUUCAAGUAAUCUAACCUAUUUAGAGUUUGACUAUUCCAGACCUACAACUAUUUUUAAUAAUGGCGGUUUACCACUAGAACAAAAUCUUUUCCCAAGCUCUCUGACAUACUUAAACUUAGGCCCAUCGUUUAACCAACCAAUAGGUAGUUCACUAUCCAAAUGCAUUAAUUUAAGGGAACUGAUUCUUGGUUUUAAAUUCUCCCGCAUUAUAACUGAAGGCUCGAUUCCUUUUAAUUUAGAAUUAUUAGCAAUUAGAAAUAACAACUAUGCACACUCCAUCAAAAUCAAUAAUCCAUAUACCAUUGUUCAUUGUUCAAACUAUUUUAACCAAUUUAUUUCAAAUCCCCACUCAUUAAUAGUACUCAAGCUUUUAGAUCAAAAAAACCUAAUCACCUUACAAAACUAUAUAAAUUUAGAGUAUCUUGACAUUAGCGUUACCACAAUUACUAAUUUAUCAAACCUUUUACCACCAAACAAUAAAAUAAAAACUUUAAUAUUAAGUAAUUAUUAUGAAGUAAUAGAAUUAAAAAACUUUCAAAAUUUAGAAAAUUUAACAAUAACUGGUUUCAAAACAAUUUUAAAAGCAAAAAUUACUUAUGAAAGUAAUAAUAAUAGCAACAAUAGUAAUAAUAGCAACAAUAAUAACAAUAAUAUGAUUAAAAUAUUUAAUUUUUAUAGUUUGAAAAUGAUAAGAGUAUCAAAAAAGAAUCAUUUGUUUUUAGAUUCAUUAGAUCCCAUUUUUUAUCAAUUCAUAACAAUAAUGUCUUAA